CAGGGUGGGAGGUGUGUGCGCGCGUGUGCCGCGCUGUAGGGAGCUGCGGGUCUCACCCGCCCGCUGUCAGCCAGCUCAGCGCCGCCGCGCGAUGGCUGGAGGAGACGCGCGGGACCAGCCCCGUGGGGCCGGCCGCGGGUGAGCCCCUCUCCGCCUCCUGCGAGCAUGUCACCUCCAGCCUGCGAGGUCGCUUUCGCUAGCAGUGUCCGUGCCUCCGCCUCCUGCAGCCGCAGCCGCUGCCUGGAGCAGUGGCCCCCGGACCCCCACCCCUGAUACGCGCCCAGACCCUAGUGCCAAAGGACCAUGGCUGGCCAGGGAGACUGCUGCGUCAAAGUGGCCGUCAGGAUCAGACCCCAGCUGUCGAAGGAGAAGAUUGAAGGUUGUCACAUCUGUACCUCCGUCACCCCUGGGGAGCCCCAGGUCCUGCUGGGGAAGGACAAGGCCUUUACCUAUGACUUUGUCUUUGACCUGGACACCUGGCAGGAGCAGAUCUAUUCAACCUGUGUGAGCAAGCUCAUCGAAGGCUGCUUCGAGGGCUAUAAUGCCACAGUGCUGGCCUAUGGACAGACAGGAGCUGGGAAGACAUACACUAUGGGCACUGGCUUUGACACAGUGACAUCAGAAGAGGAGCAGGGCAUCAUCCCAAGGGCCAUUGCACACCUCUUCAGGGGCAUCGACGAACGCAAGCGGCGGGCACAGGAGCAGGGCGUCACUGGGCCUGAGUUCAAAGUCAGCGCUCAAUUCCUGGAGCUUUACAAUGAAGAGAUCCUUGACCUGUUUGAUAGCACCCGUGACCCCGAUGCCCGCCACCGCAGGUCCAACAUCAAGAUCCAUGAGGAUGCCAACGGUGGCAUCUACACCACAGGCGUCACGUCUCGUCUCAUCAACUCCCAGGAGGAGCUGAUCCAGUGCCUGAAGCAGGGCGCCCUGUCACGCACCACAGCCAGCACCCAGAUGAACGUUCAGAGCUCCCGGUCCCAUGCCAUCUUCACGAUCCACCUGUGCCAGAUGCGCGUGUGUGCCCAGCCUGACCUGGUGAAUGAGACGGUGACUGGGCUUCCGGAUGGAGCGGCCCCCACGGGCACCGAAUAUGAGACUCUCACUGCUAAGUUUCACUUUGUGGAUUUGGCUGGCUCCGAGCGACUGAAGCGGACAGGGGCCACAGGCGAACGGGCCAAGGAGGGCAUCUCCAUCAACUGUGGUCUGCUGGCCCUGGGCAAUGUGAUCAGCGCCUUGGGAGACCAAAGCAAGAAGGUGGUGCACGUGCCCUACAGGGACUCCAAGCUCACUCGGCUGCUCCAGGACUCUCUGGGGGGCAACAGCCAGACCAUCAUGAUCGCCUGUGUGAGCCCCUCGGAUCGGGACUUCAUGGAGACACUUAACACUCUCAAAUAUGCCAACCGGGCUCGCAACAUCAAAAACAAGGUGGUGGUGAACCAGGACAAGACCAGCCAGCAGAUUAGCGCACUGCGAGCUGAGAUCGCACGCCUACAGAUGGAACUGAUGGAGUACAAAGCGGGCAAGCGGGUGAUUGGGGAAGACGGUGCUGAGGGCUACAGUGACCUGUUUCGGGAGAAUGCCAUGCUUCAGAAGGAGAAUGGGGCUCUGCGGCUUCGAGUGAAGGCCAUGCAGGAGGCCAUUGAUGCCAUCAACAACCGGGUCACACAACUCAUGAGCCAAGAGGCCAACCUGCUUCUGGCCAAGGCUGGUGAUGGCAAUGAGGCCAUUGGUGCUCUGAUUCAGAACUACAUCCGGGAGAUUGAGGAGCUGCGAACAAAGCUCCUGGAGAGUGAAGCCAUGAAUGAGUCUCUCCGCCGAAGCCUCUCACGGGCUUCCACUCGCAAUCCCUACUCCCUGGGAGCUUCUCCAGCAGGUCCAGCCUUUGGGGGCAGCCCGGCCAGCUCCAUGGAAGAUGCUUCAGAAGUGAUCCGUAGGGCCAAGCAAGACCUGGAGCGGCUGAAAAAGAAAGAGGUCAGACAGCGGAGGAAGAGCAGCCCAGAGAAAGAAGCCUUCAAAAAGAGGGCAAAACUCCAUCAGGAAAACAGUGAGGAGACUGAGAACGAGGCUGAAGAGGAGGAGGAAGAGCGAGACGAGAGCGGCUGUGAGGAGGAGGAAGGGCGUGAGGAUGAGGAUGAAGACUCGGGCAGCGAAGAGAGCCUGGUAGACUCAGACUCCGACCCUGAAGAAAAGGAAGUCAACUUCCAGGCAGACCUGGCAGACCUGACCUGUGAGAUUGAGAUCAAGCAGAAGUUGAUUGACGAGCUGGAGAACAGCCAGCGGCGGCUGCAGACGCUCAAGCACCAGUACGAGGAGAAGCUGAUCCUGCUGCAGAACAAGAUCCGAGACACACAGCUGGAGCGCGACCGCGUGCUGCAGAACCUCAGCACCAUGGAGUGCUACACGGAGGAGAAGGCCAACAAGAUAAAGGCGGAUUAUGAGAAGAGGCUGCGGGAGAUGAACCGGGACCUGCAGAAGCUACAGGCUGCUCAAAAGGAGCACGCCAGGCUACUCAAGAACCAGUCCCGCUACGAAAGGGAGCUGAAGAAGCUGCAAGCGGAGGUAGCUGAGAUGAAGAAGGCCAAGGUGGCCCUCAUGAAACAGAUGCGUGAGGAGCAGCAGCGGCGACGGCUGGUAGAGACCAAGAGGAACCGGGAGAUCGCUCAGCUCAAGAAAGAGCAACGGAGGCAGGAGUUUCAGAUCCGGGCCCUGGAGUCUCAGAAGCGCCAGCAGGAAAUAGUCCUGAGGAGGAAGACCCAGGAGGUCUCUGCACUUAGGCGCUUGGCAAAGCCUAUGUCUGAGCGAGUGGCUGGGCGUGUAGGAUCCAAGCCCCCCAAUUUGGAUUCUGGGGCCGAGGUGUCUGCCAGUACUACCUCGUCUGAGGCUGAGUCGGGAGCUCGCUCUGUCUCCAGCAUAGUGCGCCAGUGGAACCGGAAGAUCAACCACUUCCUGGGGGACCACCCCGCGGCUGCUGUCAAUGGCACCCGCCCAGCCAGGAAAAAGUUCCAGAAGAAGGGGGCCAGCCAAAGCUUUAGUAAGGCGGCAAGACUCAAGUGGCAGUCCCUGGAACGGAGGAUCAUCGACAUUGUCAUGCAGAGGAUGACCAUUGUCAACCUGGAAGCUGACAUGGAGCGGCUCAUAAAGAAAAGGGAGGAGCUAUUCCUCCUACAAGAGGCUCUGCGGAGGAAGCGGGAGCGGCUGCAGGCUGAGAGCCCCGAAGAGGAGAAGGGGCUACAGGAGCUGGCUGAGGAGAUCGAAGUGUUGGCAGCCAACAUUGACUACAUCAAUGACAGCAUCACUGACUGCCAAGCCACCAUCAUGCAGCUGGAGGAAACCAAGGAGGAGCUGGACUCAACAGAUACGUCAGUGGUCAUUAGCUCCUGCUCGCUAGCUGAAGCCCGCCUACUCCUAGACAACUUCCUCAAGGCAUCCAUUGACAAGGGUCUACAGGUGGCCCAGAAGGAAGCUCAGAUCCGGCUGCUGGAAGGACGGCUGAGACAAACAGACAUGACGGGCUCCUCGCAGAACCACCUGCUCCUGGACGCUUUGCGUGAGAAGGCCGAGGCACACCCCGAGCUGCAGGCCCUCAUCUACAAUGUGCAGCAGGAGAAUGGCUAUGCCAGCACAGAUGAGGAAGUCUCCGAGUUCUCUGAAGGAAGCUUUUCCCAGUCAUUCACCAUGAAAGGCUCCACCAGCCAUGAUGACUUCAAGUUCAAGGGUGAGCCUAAGCUAUCUGUCCAAAUGAAGGCUGUGUCUGCGGAAUGCCUGGGACCCCCACUGGAUAGUUCCACCAAGAACAUCACCAAGUCCCUGGCCUCCCUCGUUGAGAUCAAAGAGGAUGGAGUGGGCUUCUCUAUCAGAGACCCCUACUACCGGGACAAGGUCUCACGCACUGUCAGCCUGCCCACCCGAGGCAGCACUUUCCCUCGGCAGUCUCGAGGUACCACGGACACAUCCCCUCUGACCCGAAGGAAGUCUUAUGACCGGGGGCAGCCUAUCAGAUCCACAGACAUGGGAUUCACACCUCCAUCCUCACCUCCCACUCGGCCCCGCAAUGACCGCAACGUCUUCUCUCGUCUCACCAGCAAUCAGAGCCAGGGGUCAGCACUGGACAAGUCUGAUGACAGCGACUCCUCUUUGUCGGAGGUCCUGAGGGGCAUCAUCACCCCCAUUGGCGGAGCAAAGGGAGCACGGACGGCACCAUUGCAGUGUGUCUCCAUGGCCGAGGGCCACACCAAGCCUAUCCUCUGCCUGGAUGCCACCGAUGAAUUGCUUUUCACGGGCUCCAAAGACCGUAGCUGCAAGAUGUGGAACCUGGUAACAGGGCAGGAGAUCGCAGCUCUCAAGGGUCACCCCAACAACGUGGUUUCUAUCAAAUACUGCAGCCAUUCCGGGCUGGUGUUCUCUGUGUCCAGCUCCUACAUCAAAGUGUGGGACAUCCGGGACUCGGCCAAGUGCAUUCGGACCCUCACGUCCUCAGGCCAGGUGAUCUCAGGAGAUGCUUGCAUAGCCACAUCCACACGAGCCAUCACCAGUGCCCAGGGCGAGCAUCAGAUUAACCAGAUGGCCCUCAGCCCCUCAGGCACCAUGCUGUAUGUGGCCUCUGGCAAUGCUGUCCGGAUCUGGGAGCUUAACAGGUUCCAGCCCAUCGGCAAACUGACCGGCCACAUUGGCACAGUGAUGUGCCUGACAGUCACCCAGACUUCGAACCAGCAUGACCUCGUGGUGACUGGCUCCAAGGACCACUAUGUGAAGAUGUUCCAGCUGGGCGACUGUGUGAUGGGCACCAUCGGCCCAACCCACAACUUUGAGCCCCCUCACUAUGACGGUAUCGAAUGCCUGGCCAUCCAAGGAGACAUACUGUUCAGUGGCUCCAGGGACAACGGCAUCAAGAAGUGGGACCUGGAACAGCAGGAGCUCAUUCAGCAAAUCCCCAAUGCUCACAAGGACUGGGUGUGUGCCCUGGCCUAUGUUCCUGGCCGGCCCAUGCUGUUGAGCGCCUGUCGGGCAGGCUUCAUCAAGGUCUGGAAUGUGGACAACUUCACACCCAUUGGUGAGAUCAAGGGCCACGACAGCCCCAUCAACGCCAUCUGCACCAACAGCAAGCACAUCUUCACAGCCUCCAGUGACUGCCGGGUAAAGCUGUGGAAUUACGUCCCUGGACUCACCCCCUGCCUUCCUCGCCGAGUCCUGGCCAUAAAGGGCCGCGCCACCACCCUGCCCUGACCCCUCUCCAGCCCUCCCCUUUCCUCUCUCAUUCUUCCCCUCUUGCCUUUUCCUGUCUUUCCCCACCUCGAUCUGAGCUGCUUCUUCACGGUAUGAGACUGUUUUACUCUUGACCUUCUUAUUCUCCCUCCGUGCCCUGCCUGGCCCAACAGAUUGCACCAACAGCCCACCUUGCGAGCAUGAGCAGUGGGACAGAACCCUAGGUAGCGGAGAGCAGAGGGGGAGGCAUUGAGGCCUGGACAAAACAAAACAACGAGAAAGCCCAGGACGCCAGUCCUGCAGGGUCUUGGAGACCAUGUCCUGGGCCCUCCCUUUGCCCAGACCCUUCCCUGUGCAUCAGUGCCCACUGCUCCUGAGCAAUAUUUGCCUCAGCCCAGCCAUACAUGAGGGAGGUGGGGAGUCUGCCCAGCCUUUACUUUUGGGGGCAGCCGGCUGGGCUCGCGUCAAUGGCUGAGCAUCCUCACUCUGUCCUCCCCAGUGACCUGACAGUGAAGUUCUGGAGCAUGCGACGGCUACCGGCGGCCCACCCUUGAAGUUAGGACUGAGGGCGGCUAGACCCUCGGACCUGGCAGCCCACACAGCGUGGAAGGGAAGCUGUCGCCUGACCUGAGCAGACCAGCCAGGUGCACUGAGGACAGAGGGUGUGGCCCUUCUCUUGCUCUGCUUCCUCUCACUGGCCCCUCUGUCCCUCCCCUGCCUCCUGAGAAAGGAGAGGCCGGGGAGGGAGUAAGCUGUGAAGCCAAAGGGCACGAUCCCUUCCCCCGCCCAGUUCCUUGCCCUGCCCACAACAGGUCACACUGUCUCCUGCUGAAGCAGCCCUGCCCUUCCUCUGGGCCCUCAGCCCAGGGUGGCACUGGGAGGGAGAAGAAGUCCUCCUGCCCUCCUGCCCAUCUAUCCUCAGUGAGCUAGCCUCUUCCAUGUCUCCCAGCCCCACCUCUGGAGCCACUGCAUCUGCCUCUGAGCCCACCAAGGUAGUUCUCAGGUAACCAUGGAAAACAGAUGUAAGCAGCUGAGUCCUGCAGCUGACCCUAAAACCCUAUGGCCACCAACCACCCACCUCAGUGGGGCCCAGUCAUUCCUUGGGGCAUCCUCUGCUGAGGGCACGGUGGAGCUGCUUAGACAAUUCCUCUGGGGAGAAGGUCAGCAAUACUGCAGUUAAUCUAACUUAUUGUUUUUUAUUUUUAUGUUUUGUUGUUGCCUCCUGGAAACUGACUUGAAGUUUCUUCCCAUCUUCUCCCCUGCACUCGUGAUGGGGGAGUCUUCUCUUUGGCGCUCCAGCCCCCUGCCCCACCCUCUGUUCGGUGGGCAGAGGAGGGAAAGGCCCUUUCCACCCUUUGCAGCUCUGGCCUUUGCCCCAGCUCUGCUCCACCCCGGCAAACCUUCUAGAAUAGUCCAGGUCUCUAGGCCGCCUGAUGCCGCAGUGCCUUCCUCCAUCCUGAGGCCUGGCAUCAUGCUGGGCAGCCUUAUGCCAGCCAUGCCUGCAGCUCACAUGUGUCUUUUCCUUAUGGGCCUCGUGCCCACAGACCCCGAAGGUCAGAGAGUCCACCCAAGACCAGCAGUCCAAGACCAGGGAACCCAUGCUCCCUAGAGUCCUAUGUGGUCCAGAUUGGUAGACUGUCCAUUAGGUAGCGGCUUGGGUAGUAAGGCUACUAACCUAACUCCCCAGCUAAUUAUGUUUCAGCCCUCAUGGGGACAGGAAGACCCCACUGCUUCUUUUCCUUUAGUUAUUCUACAAACGGAUUUUCAAGCCUUAAAACCAGCCUGGGCCAAAGGCCCUCCCUUUUAGAUUAGCAGGAGGAGGCUCACGCUCCUUCCUUGCUUCUCCCACGGGGCUGUGGACUCAGCUGCAGGGAUGAGGUGUAAUCUGUGUCUGGCGCCCCCUUUAGGAACAACUCUGAAUUUAUAGGUCUAGACCUUGAGAGGGGUCACUCCAUCCAUCACCCCUGGCUUCCCCUGCCCUUAAACUGGUCCACACUUACUCCAUUGCUUCACUGAUCUCAUGCUUCCUGGCUUUGUUCCGGGAGCCGUGCACCCCAGCUCUGUUCAGAGGACAUGGUAACUUGAGGACUUUGGAUAGUUAGCGUAGCACAUCUGCAAUUGGCUCUUCUCUCUCUGUGGCCGCAUACACUGGUACCUGUCCAUGUGGCCAGGGAUGGGAGGGUCCCUGCUGAGGACAGACCCUCUCUGAGCCAUCCCGGAGCUGUAUCAGAGACUAAGAUUAUCCCGCCUGUCGGUGGCCCCUGUCGGACAUGGUGUUAAGUCUGGGUACGUGGAUAUUCAGAACGAUACGCCUGGAAAGCGGGUCAGCUGGAACCUGGACAGUCUGUCUGCAAUGACCGGAGAUCUUCCUUCCUCUGCUCAUCCUGAACAUGCUAAGAAACUGUCUUAGCUCUCAGAAGUGACCACGUCUUCUCCUCCACCCCUCUCCACCUGAAUGGAAAGCCUAGACCUUAUGUCCUGUAAGAAAACCCAGAACCCAUCUGCAUGAGUGUUUACAAACUCCAGAAACACGCGAGACUGAUCUGACCCCAUGGGCUGGGCUGCCCCAGCCUGGGGUGCUGUACUGUAUAGCUAGCUGCAAGGCCAGUUCUUGUACAAAGCGUGUGGUCUUACAACCCUGCGAGAGGUGCUCACCGUCAUUGCCCCUUCUGCCAUUUCUGAUAGGUCACUACCUCAUGGCGGGGCUGCUGUGCUGUCCCAGCGAGUGUCAUUGGCUAAACUUGAAAUCCUUCGGAGCUCUAAGCGCAUUGUCCCCGAGUCAUUCUGAUCUGUGUUCUGGGAAUGUUGGUAUCCCUUCCCACUCUUUCGGGGUGUCCAAGGCACACAGUCAGGGGCAGGCCCCUAGCUCCACUCAUUGCACAAGCGUCCUACGUGUUGGAAGCACAAACUGGUUGUGAUUUGAGCACAAAGCAGGUCUCGGGGUAGACAAUAUGGGCAAACACGGGCCCAAGAGGCUUUUUCCAGAUGGGCUGAGUCUUAAGGUAGACUAGGGAUGCCCAUGCCUGUGGCUGACUCACCCAUGUACUUCUGGGACUUAUAUUACUUCUUGUGCCCAUCCUAAGACUUGAGUCCCAGGCCACAUCUGUAUGCUGUGGGCCCUCCCUAGACCCCCAUACCCCAGACCUAUAAAAACCCACGUAUAGCUGUACCCCACCAUACUGAGCCUGAAGAGCCUGGACCCAGGCUCCCAUCUCCUGAACUAACGUCCACAUCCAUGCUUCCGAAGCUGAUUGGCUUCCGUCUGGAUGGAACUUCUCUACUGCCCUCUCUCUUGGGCCUUCUCUGCACAAUCCUGGGUCAGGACCCAUUCCAGUAUUAACCAGUUCAGUGUUUGCACUUGUUGGAGAGACUUGACCCCUCAGCGGCCAGGUCCUGGAAGGCUGGGCCUGAAUCAGCCUCUAGAGCUUGCCAAGGAGGGAGAGAAGGCAAAGAAUGAGAGGCUGACCCAGCCCAGCCCUUGAUGUGGUCAGAGUGCCACCAUCAGCUACUUGAAAAGGGACAGCUAUGGAUCUGGAAUACGCCUCCCACCCUCACCCCAGCUGCAGGCUUGGGCAAAGGGCAGGUUAAAGCACAAACACACGCACGCGGGGAGGAUGCUGUCUCCCGGGGGCAUUCUCGUGCUGCCCAUUGUGGUGGAGGUGCAGGCAGAAAGCUGCUGUGAAAUUGGGGCAUUAUGUUCUACCCUGCCAGUUCCUGGGGACCUCCCCUGGAUUCUGGGCUGGGUGCAGCCACACACCCUUGGCUGAGCCUGGCUGGUCUGUGUGGGCAGAACCUGCCCUGCAGGAGCGGUGAAUUCCAUCCUGUCAUGUGGCCCAAACCUGUGGCAUCCGUCCCUUUGUCCUUUCGAGUUGGGAACUGCUUGCUGCUUAGAAGAAUGGCCAAUGACUCCACUGAGCCUUCCUGAGCCCAGCCGUCCCCUCCUGACUCCCGACUCUUCACUGCUCCUUAAGUGCAAGAGACUCUGCAGGGCAAGUUCUGUUUCUUUGACAUCUUUGUUCCGUCCCCGGUGCCCACCCCUCUUCAUCUCCAGCACCCACCUGACUUCCUUUGCCUCCUCCUUCCUCCUUCAAUCCUGUGUCCUUAAGACUUUGUCAAACAGUGGGAAGUCGGUACUGCUGAAAGUCAGAAAAGACCACUGAUGUCUUGGUGCCCCGCCCUGCCCCCAGCUCUUCCAGCCGCUGCCCCUACCCAGGCUGCAGGGUCUCUCUUGGCUCAUGCGCUCUCCCGUGACACGGUAGCUCAAGGUGUGUAUAUGCUUUGUACCUCUUCCGAUGACUGUACAUAGGAUAUGAAAGUUAUUUAAGCCUCAUGUUGUACAUUUCUGUUCUGGAAUUGGAUGUGUGUGUUCUAAGAUAAAUAAAACUCGA